AUGGAGCGUGCGUUGGCACCAGUCUCCUACAUCAUCUUGCCAGUAACACAUGAUCCAUGGCCAGAUGAUGUCGCUGAUCUCUCGUCGUCACCUACUACAAACAUCACAUCGCACUCGAUGUCGGUGCUUCUGAAAGCACUGCUGGCUAUUGUUGUGACGGUGAUGAUCAUCGUGACGAUUAUUGGGAAUGCGCUCGUCUGCCUUGCUGUAGUACUGGUGAGGAAGUUGAAGCAACCAGCCAACUUCCUUAUCGUAUCGCUCGCCAUCGCCGAUUUUUUUGUUGGUAUGCUGGUGAUGCCUCUUGCGCUCGUUGAUCUUCUUUUUCCUGAAUGGCCGUUAGGAAGAUCAGUGUGCAAGUUAUGGACAACUGCUGAUCUAACACUUUGCACUGCUUCCAUAGUCAGCCUCUGUGCAAUAUCUGUGGAUCGUUACCUGGUUAUCACCAGACCUUUGCGAUACUCAGCUAUGCGAACGACGGCACGAAUGCUCGUGUAUAUAGCCAUUGUAUGGGUUGUAGCGGCGGUCGUCAGCCUAUCUUCUCAUAUUAUUGCGAACCUACUCGACUCUCAAGGAGCAGAUGAUCGGAUCUGUCAGGUGAUCCAGCACUUCGCCUACCAAAUUUACGCGACCAUCAUCUCAUUCUACGGUCCAACCCUAAUUAUGCUGAUUUUAUAUGUGAAGAUUUGGCGUGCUGCAAAACAAAUUGCACGAAAAGAUCAUGAUCAGUCGACGCAUGCACAUGUUGACGUCAAUAAGAACUGUAACGAUCACAUGGAUCUGAUUUCGGAAGUGCAAAAUCCCUUGAAGAUGGUGAAGAGCGAUCAUCGCGGAUAUUUACAUCGUCCAAGUGCUCUUUUUCAUGCUGUCAGAAUGCCGCUGAUUCGACAAAACGACCGAAGCGAAUGCAAAGCACGGAAAACGUUAGGUGUUAUCAUGAGUGUGUUCAUCAUCUGCUGGCUGCCGUUCUUCUCUCUGGCUUUACUUAAGUCGUGCCUAAGCCUGGUAGUGCCUUCCUGGCUGGAUGUGCUGGCACUGUGGCUCGGAUAUUCGAAUAGCACCUUGAAUCCUGCCAUCUACUGCAAGUACAACAAGGAUUUUCGUGUACCAUUUCGAGAGAUGUUAGCUUGCCGGUGUGCCACAUUGCAGCACGUGAUGAGGCAACAGAGCUUUAGCAGUCGAUAUGGACCGGCUGUUCCUCGAAGGAAUGAUAGUCAUCCGGAAUGCUCCGACGUCUAA